AUGUUUACCAGAAUCAUUUUAUUCUUAUUUUCUGUGUUUAUUGGUGUACAACCCGUUCCAACUCUAACUUUUCAACAAUGUAAAAAGUCCGACGUCCCCUGCCUAAAUAAGAAUAUAGACACUAUAUUUAAGUACUCUAUAAAGGGAGAUCCUGAUUUAGGUAUCAAACCUUUAGACCCAAUGCACCAUGACAAAGUAGUUGGCGAAUUAGGUGUCAUUGAAUACCAGUUGUAUAACAGCACUGUUGAUGGAUUCUCAAACUGUGAUGUGGUUAAUACAAAACUGGACUUGGAAAAACGCGAAUUCAAUUUCCGCAUUAUGUGUCCACUUCUAGUUAUGUAUGGAAUCUACAACAUAUCUGGUACACUUAUAGUGAUGCCAAUAGAAGGACUUGGAGAUUAUAAACUUAUAUGCAAAGGUUACGACAUACAAGUUGAAACUGAUAUAAAGAUUAAUCAAGAUAACGAUGGAAUGAAACACAUGGCCGUGAAAUAUUUUAAAACUGACGGUCAAUUAACUAUAGGAAUGACUACUGAUCUCCAAAAUCUGUUUGAUGGAAAACAACCACAGCUAGCCAAAGAUGUUCUUAAAUUUGCAAACGACAACUGGGAUCCAGUGGCCAAGCUGCUCCAAGGUCCAGUGUUCGCCGCUAAUUUUGCGAAGAUAACCAAAAAUAUGAACAAAUACUUGAAGCAUAUUCCAUUGAAUCAGAUUAUAGAGGAAUAA